ACCACCAACACAAUCUUAUCCAUCUCUUCUCUUCAUCACUUUCGCUUUCACUUCCAUUUCCAAUAUUCUUCAAACCCAUCGUCUGUUUUCAUGGCUUUCAUCACCCUCAAACUUUCAAGAAACAUCCUUAACCAAUUCAAAUCAUCGAAGUUGGCUUCAUUUUCUCUCAUCAACCAUUCUUCUCUUUCUUCUCCUUCUCUAAACCAUCACAACAACAGCAACAACUCUCCAUCACCAUCUCCACUAGGAGAAGAAAGCAUUUCUUCUCCGCCAACCCUUUUCUCUGCUCGCCGGUUUGAGUCUACCAGAGCUCAAAAACACGUGAAAUUUGAUCACAAACAGGUUCUAGAUUUUCCGGGAGGAAAAGUUGCAUUCAUUCCUGAAAUGAGGUUCAUUUCUGAGUGCUUUGAGGAGCGAGUACCCUGUUACCGGGUGCUCGAUGAUAAUGGUCAGCUUUUUAUGGAGAGCAGCUAUGUACAGGUCAGUGAGGAAGUAGCUUUGAAAAUGUAUAGCAAUAUGGUCACACUUCAAACAAUGGACACUAUCUUCUAUGAAGCACAAAGGCAAGGAAGAAUUUCAUUCUAUCUCACCACAAUUGGAGAAGAGGCCAUCAAUGUUGCAUCAGCAGCAGCAUUAUCUUUUGAUGACUUCGUCUUCCCCCAGUACAGGGAACCGGGAGUUCUAUUAUGGCUUGGUUUCUCUUUGCAAGAAUUUGCAAAUCAAUGUUUUGGAAAUAAAGCUGAUUAUGGAAAAGGCAGGCAGAUGCCUAUCCAUUAUGGAUCUAACAAGCACAAUUACUUCACUGUAGCAUCAACAAUCGCAACACAAAUUCCCCAUGCUGUUGGUGCUGCAUAUUCUUUGAAGAUGGAUAGAAAAGAUGCAUGUGUAGUCACUUACUUUGGUGAUGGUGGCACGAGUGAGGGGGAUUUCCAUGCUGCUUUAAAUUUUGCUGCGGUACUGGAGGCCCCGGUUAUUUUUAUCUGUCGGAACAAUGGAUGGGCUAUCAGCACCCCAAUUUCCGACCAAUUUCGAAGUGAUGGUGUUGUUGUAAGAGGCCGGGCGUAUGGAGUGCGAAGCAUCCGUGUAGAUGGUAAUGAUGCUCUUGCAAUGUAUAGUGCAGUUCGUGCUGCACGUGAAGUGGCAAUUCAGGAGCACAGACCAAUCCUAAUUGAGGCUCUAUCAUAUCGAGCAGGACACCACUCCACUUCAGAUGAUUCCACCAAGUAUCGCCCAGUUGAUGAGAUUGAAUGGUGGAGAACUGCACAAGACCCCGUAACUAGACUUCGAAAAUGGAUACAAAGCAAUGGUUGGUGGAGUGAUGAGAAUGAAUCAGAGCUUAGAAGCAACACGAGGAAACAGCUAUUACAUGCAAUUCAAGCAGCAGAGAAAGCUGAUAAACCCCCAAUUGCGGAACUGUUCACAGACGUAUAUAAUGUUCCUCCUUCUAACCUUCAAGAGCAAGAGAAUCGGCUAAGGGAGACUGUCAAACGACACCCAGAAGACUAUCCCCCAGAUGUUCCAGUUUAGGUAUAUUCACUGAUGCAUACAUAAUUGUACAUAUGGCGUAUGCGUCGUAAUUCAAAGCUUGAACUUUUUAUUGCCUUAGUUUUAAUAAAGCUAGUGCAUUAAUUAAGAGCCAAUACAACGCUUUAAGGUUCUGCAUCAUAUCCAUUUGCUCAAUCUAAUGUACAUAGAUUCGUAUUCUAUCAAUAGAUGAUGAAACCGCGCUGAGGCCAAUUUCCUCAGCUCUAGUUCAACAAAGCAAUUGAACUCUUGGGGCUGACUGUUAUUUGAGGGUGCUUUUAUCUGA